AUGGCUUUAAAAAGCGUCUCCGAAACAGAUAAUGGCAAGGCCGAGGGCGAGAUCUAUACCGUGUCCGCAGGCCUCCCUCCGCUCACCACCACUACAGAGCGCAAGUUGAUGGCCAAGAUUGACUGGCAUAUCGUGCCGUGCCUGUGUGUCAUGUACUUGCUCGCAUUUCUGGACCGAGUCAACAUCAGCAAUGCCGCAAUUCUCGGGCUGCAGAAAGAUCUGAAUAUCGAAAAUACCAAGUACAACACUGCUUUGACCAUCUUCUUCGUACCGUACGUCCUGUUCGAGAUUCCCUCCAACAUAUUGCUGAAGAAGCUGAAGCCCCAUGUAUGGUUAUCAUUAUGCAUGUUCUUAUUUGGGUUUGUGACGAUCUGUCAAGGAUUGGUUUCGAGCUGGGGGGGCUUGAUGACCACUCGCUGGUUCCUUGGCAUGUUUGAGACGGGAAUGUUCCCUGGGUGCUUCUAUCUGCUGGGAAUGUGGUAUAAGCGCAGCGAGGCUCAGAAACGAUUCAGCUUCUUCUUUAGCUCCACCACCCUAGCAGGCGCGUUCGGUGGUCUUCUCGCCAGUGGUCUUGGAGAAAUGGCCGGGAUUCGAGGCUACAAUGGCUGGCGAUGGGUCUUCAUCAUCGAAGGCGUCCUCACCUGCGUUGUUUCGCUUGUCUGGUUCUUCGUGCUUCCAGACUUCCCGGAAGACGUCAAGUGGUUGAAUGACGAAGAGCGAGAGUUCAUUCGUGCGAAGCUUGCAAAAGACGUCGGCGCCGCUGGCAGAGAUGUCAAGCUAACCGUGCGUGAUGUGCUGGCUGUCUUUAAGGACUAUAAGAUUUUCAUUGGCGGCUUGAUGUAUUUCGGCCAGAUUGUCACGGCAUACGGAUACGCGUAUUUCGCCCCGACUAUCAUCAAAACUUAUGGCUACUCCCCGAUCAAAACCCAACUCUACUCAGUGGCCCCAUGGGCAGCCGCGUUCGGCUUCUCCAUGUUGAUUGCCACCCUUUCUGAUACGUUCAGACACCGCUACAUUUUUGCUAUGAUCCCCAUGUUGAUUGCCAUGGGCGGCUUUGGGAUCCUGCUGAAUGUUCACGGCGUGGCUCACCGGCAUGUCCAGUAUGGGGCGCUCUUCAUGGUGACUGGUGGUUGCUACAGCUCAAUGGCCGUCGUCGUAUGUUGGUACGCCAUGAACCUGAGUGGACACCGUCGCCGGGGUGUGGGAACAGCAUGGCAGAUCGGAUUCGGUAACAUUGGUGGUAUCAUUUCUACCUAUUCCUUCCUGGCGAAGGACGCACCCCUGUACCGGAAUGGGUAUAUCAUCAGUCUUUCCUUCCUCUGCUUCUCCGCAGCAUGCUGUACCGCUUAUCUUGCAGCGGUCUGGUACGACAACCGGAAGCGUGAUCGCGCCAUGGCCAACGGUGCUACCGUUGAGCUUACGGAGGAGGAGCAAGAACAGCUGGGUGAUCUUGCACCCAAUUACCGCUAUACCUAUUGA